UUGGACUAUACAAGUGCCCUUAGAAGGAAAGCCUGUCGGACUGAAGCUGUAGAGCAUUUUUAUGUCUAGAGUGGCAGCAAAUCUUCAGUUCAUAAAAGUCAGUGAUCAAAACACGUUUCUACUCAGUGACAAGUUAAGGAUAACGUUUUAGUCAGGGCAUAUUAGCCUAUUAAUUCUCGGGUAAGUGUAAUUUAAUUGUCCUUACCUUCAUUAUAAGCGAGUAUGGGCGCAGCAUCUGUAACUUCAUGGAUUCAUACAUAACUCUUCUGGUCUAGUGUCAAACUCUUCCUCGCCUAAAUGUUCAGUAGUCUGUGCAGCUCGGGGUUUACAGGCUACAGCCUGCAGCUUCAGUAGGCUCCGACUGCGUUUGCGUCGGACAGCUUCAUCCAGGCUAUCAAAAGAUGUCCACAAACUAAUCCGCGUGUUUGGUAUGCUGGAUAAUCUCCAUAAAUCUUCCUAUCUGCUAGAAAGGGAGGGGGGGACGUGUACUGGGAGAAGCAGCCGCUUUGCGAGGCGGCGGCGGCGGCGGCGGCGGGAGGUGAGCAGUGCUGUCCGCGGCGGAGGACAGGGGCAUGGAGAUGUUGCGCCGCUCCUCUGUGUUUGCGGCUGAAGUGUUUGACCGCUCGCCCACCGACAAGGAGCUGGUGUCCCAGGCCAAGGCACUGUGCAGGGACUACAUUCACUCCAGGCUGAACCGUGCCGGGAUAGGCUGGUCUAAGAAUGAACACGGACUGGCUGCAUCAGGUGGGACAUUGGGGGAGAUAUCGUCGGUUCUGCUGUGGCUGGGUGAUGAGUUGGAGUACCUUCGACCCAACGUUUACCGCAAUGUAGCGCGACAGCUCAACAUCACAGUGGCGUCAGAGAGUAUCGUGUCCGAUGCUUUCCUGGCUGUGGCUGCAGACAUUUUCUCCACAGGUGUGACGUGGGGGAAGGUGGUUUCUUUGUACGCCGUGGCAGGAGCCUUGGCAGUGGACUGUGUUCGCCACGGUCAUCCAUCUAUGGUCCAUACCAUUGUUGACUGCAUGGGGGAGUUUGUCCGCAAGAGCCUGACCUCCUGGUUAAAAAGGAGAGGGGGCUGGGUGGAUGUAACAAAAUGCGUGGUGAACACUGAUCCCAGCUUCCGCUCUCACUGGCUGGUGUGUGCUGUGUGUGCGUUUGGACACUAUCUGAAGGCCACCGUGUUAUACCUUCUCAGGGAGAAGUGAAGCAAUGUCAGAGUCACACACUGGAUUCUGAGCAGACUGUACACCAUCACCACCACUCCACUAAAGCAUCCACGGCUUUGGAUUAUGUUUACCCUCAUUUGCACUGAGCCUUCAUUGAUGAACACUUAUCCCUUCACAGAAUACAGACUUUCCGUGCUUCUUCUGCUUCCUCUGGUAGAUUUUAUUGUUAAUGGUUAUAUUAUGGCACAUGUUUGAUCUGAAUGUAUAAAAUUGCCCAUUUAAAUGCACAAUAUGUAAUUUCUGCUACUAGGGGUCUCUCACAUCAAAACAAUAACAAAAGACGUAGUUUGAUGACGCCGUGAAGUAGCGUGGGAUCAUGGGAGUUGUUGUCUUCAUUGUUAAACAACCACCAUUGCCGAUGAAAAUCUAUCUGACGUGACUCAGGCAGAAAUCAUGUUCACAGACGAGGUAAUGUAUUAAAGUUUUACGGUGACAGCUUCGGCGACAGCGCGCUCAGUGAAUGGCAAUGAAUAAUCGUGCUCCAUCACGAGUGAGCAGUACAAACAAUAGUAAACAAUAGAAUGGCUAGCUAGCUAGUUCGCCGACUUCCUUCCUCACUGUACUGUACAAAGAUUUGGAGGGUGAGAGGGUUCAGAAAAGGGGAAGGGUUUAUGUAUUUUAUCUCUCGCUGAAGAGAGGGUAGUCUGAAUUUUUUGGGGAGAGCAGGAGAGGGUUGUUUUUUUUUUUUUUCUCACUCCAGAUUUAUAUUUUAAUUCAGCCUUCCCUUGCAAGAAUUGUGAUUUUUGUCAUGACAAUCAGCUCCAGAUUCACAUGUUGCCAACUUGUCCUACUAAUUUGUGAAAUGAAAUGAAACAUUUUGACUGGGAUUCCAUUAACUUAUUAAUGUUUAAAUUGGGGAUCACCAUCUUAAAUUAUUUAUGCUGUUUUUCUUUUAGUGAAUAAUAGUAAAAUAGUAGAGUUGUACCCACUCAGUACUCUCAUAUUAUGCUUAGAUAUUGGGGGAGAGUGUCGCAGGUUUUUUCCGAGUCAAGAGAAGAGAAAUGAAAAUAUUAAUUAAGCCUGGGAGGGCCUUGCUUUUUUAAAAAGAAGUCAACUAUAAGAUUCAGCCCCCCUCCCCACCCAGCUAAUUUUCAUACAGUCCCUAAUGAAUCUGAUGAAUUGAGCCUACAAUUACUACAGCCAUACAUACAUGUACAUGUAUGUAUUUCAGACAGCACUAUACAUUUAAUGCAACUUUUUCUCUUUCUUCAUUGUUCACUGUGAGGCAGUGUAUUAUGUUGCUGUGCUGUAAUUGCAGUAAUACAGUAUACAUAUACAAUGCAAUAUGCAGUAUAUUUUCUCUGAGUUAGAGCACUUUGAUAACAUUUCAUUUUAUGAGUAGAAUUUAUUCCAUGAAUAAUUUCACUUUUAUAUGGCAUGUAGCACUAGGAGGCCUAGAAAAUAAACAAAUGUUUGUGAGUCAUUUGCAGCUGUAAAGAUUAACAAAUAAUAAAUGGUUCUUACAACAAUC